UCCAGAGGCUAGGGAAAGACAUUUCCUACUACCUGGAGGGAGGGGGGAUUUUUCAGCUGGGUUCCCUGGCGAGAAAACUGGAAGGAGCAAAGAGUUGGACGAAAGUGCUGCAGCUUAUGGAGGGCAGUGGAAUGGCAUCAGAGUCCAAAUAUGGAGUGUCGUCUUUUGCUUGGAAUGAACUGGAAGCAGCUAUGAGGAAGUCUUCUCAGGAGUCAGUGUCCUUUGAGGAGGUGGCUCUGUAUUUCACCAAAGGGGAAUGGGAUCUGCUGGAUCCAGACCAAAGAGCUUUGUACAAGGAAGUCAUGCUGGAGAAUUAUAGCAUUGUGGCCUUUCUGGGUGGCAGCAUGGCAGUGUUGCAUUUUAGAUCAUCUCAAGGAAGAAGUGGAAUGGAAACAGCAACUAUGAAGAGAAUCAUGACCUUUGAUGAUGUGUUUGUGCAUUUCACCGAGGAAGAGUGGGUUUUGCUGGAUGUGGGCCAAAUACUUUUAUACACGGAAGUCAUGCUGUUGAAUUAUAAGAACAUGGCCUCUCUGGUUCCCAAACCGGACCUCAUCUCCUGCCUGGAAGACAGGGAAGAUCCAUUUGUUCCAGACUCAGAAGGAGCAGAGGGAUUGCCAGGUAGCUGUUUAGGAGAUGCUUCAGAGCCAUGUCCAAAGUCUUUGGAUACCAUCAGGCACGAAAUGGAGGAAGAGAUCUUUGAGAGUCAGUGGAGAUCAAAGAAGCAAGAGGGAAACCAAGCCAAAAACUGGGGGGAGAGAUCCACUUUGCAGCACAGGAAUUUCCGUGAAAUCCCAAUCCUAAAGGGAAAUCGCACAAAGAGAAGGAGGGAAAGCCCUUUGGGUAGGAAAGCAGUGCUUUAUAAAUCAGACAUUGAUACACAUUGCAAGUUUGACACAGGAGAAGAACCUUACAAAUGCCUGGAACGUGGAAAGAGCUUCAGUCGUAGAGGAAGCCUUACAUGCCAUGAAAAAACCCACAAAGCAGUUGAACCAUGUAAAUUCUUGGAGUGUGGAAAGAGUUCUAGAGAGAGGACAACUUCUGCUGCACAUCAAAAUAGACACACAGAGGGAAAACUGUACAAAUGCCUGCAGUGUGGAAAGAGCUAUAGCUGGAAAGGCAGCCUUAUUCGCCAUGAAAAAACAUGCCAUGAAAAAACUCACAAAAUAGUGAUUCCAUACAAAUGCUUGGAGUGCGGAAAGAGUUUUAGAGAAUGGGUAAACCUUGAUGUACAUCAAAGAAUCCAUACAGGGGAGAAACCAUAUAAAUGUUUGGAGUGUGAGGAAUCCUUCACAUACAAUUCAGAGCUGACUGUACAUAAAAAAACUCACACAGAGAACAAACCAUAUGAUUGCUUUGAGUGUGGAAAGAGCUUUGCUAAUAUGCCAAUCUUAAUAGUACACCAAAGAAUUCACACAGGGGAGAAACCAUAUAAAUGCUCAGAGUGUGGAAAGAGUUUCACUCAGAGCUCAACUUUAGCUGGACAUCAAAGAACCCACACAACAGUGAAACCAUAUAAAUGCUCAGAGUGUGGAAAGAGUUUCAAACAGAGUACAACCCUAACUGCACAUAAAAGAAUCCACACAGGGGAGAAACCAUAUAAAUGCUUGGAGUGUGGAGAGAGCUUCAGUUUGAGCACAAGCCUCAGUUCACAUCAAAGAAGCCACACAGGGGAGAAACCAUUUAGAUGUUCAGAAUGUGGGAAGAGCUUCUCUUACAGGACAGCCCUCACUUCCCACCGAAGGAUCCACACAGGGGAGAAAACUCAUACAUGCUCAGAGUGUGGAAAGAGCUUCAAUCGGAGCACAAGCCUUACUGCACAUAGAAGAAUCCAUACAGGGGAGAAACCAUAUGAAUGCUCAGAAUGUGGGAAAAGGUUCAACUACAGCACACACCUUACUGCACAUCAAAGGACACAUACAGAACACCAGAUAUAAGUC